AUGCUAACAGACCAUCUGUCCCCAAACCAAAAUACUACUACUACUAAUAUACCCCCUAAACCACCUGAUUCCCCGUCUCCUCCAUUAGCCACAUUUAAAUCUAAAUUGUUGGCAUCGGAACUAGUGACAGACAUGCAAAUGGAGGAGUGUGCUGAUAUAAAUGAGACAUCCAGUCCCAAGGCGGCCUUUAAUGAGGAAGAGGAAGUAGCAGCCAAUGGGAUAAAAACUAUCUUCCUGUCCAAAGAAGAAACUGAAGGACUUUACUCACCUUGGAAGCACUCACUGAUCAUUAAGCUUUUGGGGAAAAAAACAACCCACCAAUACCUUCAUGAAAAACUAGUCACGCUGUGGAAAGUCAGUGAAAACUUUCCUUUAAUCGAUCAUGAUUUGGACGUUUACAUUGCCAAGUUUGCGCCACCGGAAAGUGUCUCUCAUGUUCUUCAAAAUGGACCUUGGUUCAUUAAUGGUCAUUACUUGUCAAUUAAAAAUUGGGAACCUAGCUUUGUCCCCGAGAAUGAGAAAGUUACAUAUUCAGCUGUUUGGGUGCGUCUUCCCAUUUGCCAACGGAAAUUUUAUGAUGUCACCCUCUUAAAAAGAAUAGAUAAUACAAUCGGCAAGCUUCUUAAAGUCGAUGCUUGCACAAGCUCCACUCUACGUGGUCGUUACGUCCGCCUCUGUGUUCAAAUACCCAUGGAUGAGCCGGUCCUUAGCAGUAUCCAGAUAGGAAAACACAAACAAUCCAUUUUGCAUGAGGGUGAAGGAUUUUUGUGUACUAAUUGUGACCGAUUUGCUCAUCUUCUUGUCAACUGUCCACACCACGAAGUUCCGUCUCAUACGAAUUCCUCUCACCAAGAUACUUCUAAAUCACCAUACCGGAGUCACCAAAUGGCUCGAGUCAAUAAUGGCACACGGUGA